AUGGUUUUCUUGAUGGAAACUAUGAUUGAUGCAAGGAAACUUAAAAUUGUUAAAGAAAAGUGUGGUUUUACUGAUGGGUUGUGUUUAAGUAGUGUAGGUUUGUCGGGAGGUGUCGGGUUUUGGUGGCGUGAUAUGGAUGUUCAAGUUAUUUCUUACUCGACUCAACAUGUUAUGGUGGAAGUUAAGGAGGCUAAUGAUGGGAUGGUGUGGCAUGCGGUGGGGAUGUAUGGGUGGCCGGAAGCGGCAAACAAACAUCUAACAUGGGAGUUGAUGAAGGAGCUUAGAAAUUCAUGUUCGACACCGAUGGUCUUUUUUGGUGACUUUAAUGAGAUAUUACAUUCCUCGGAGAAGGAAGGGGGUGUUGUUCGUAGGGAAUGCCUGAUGGACGCUUUUAGGGAGACGAUUGAUCUAUGCGCGGUGUCUGACCUGGGGUAUAAAGGGUGUACCUUUACGUGGCGGAGAGGACUGGAUGAAGGUACAAUGAUCCGCGAGCGGUUGGAUAGAUUCCUUGGAUGUGAGGAAUGUAGCGCGUUGUUUCCCCAUGCUAGGCAAGUGGUUCAAGAGGGCUGGGGAAGUUCGGGAGCGCUGGGGGUGAGCGAAAAGGUGGCGCGGUGUGCAGAGGCCUUGAGCGGGUGGGCGACAUCCACUUUUGGGGAUGUGAAAAAAAGAAUAAAGCAGAAAGAAGAAGAGCUGGAGGUGUGGCAGAAUAAAUCUCCAGACAGUGCUAUGUUAGCAAAAUGUAGAGAGGUGGUUUUAGAGUUGGAUGAGUUGCAUCGUCUCCAUGAGUCCUACUGGCAUGCGCGGGCUCGCGCAAAUGAGUUGAAAGAUGGCGAUAAAAACACCUCCUACUUCCAUCAUAAAGCAAGCCAACGAAGGAAACGCAACAUGAUCUUGAAAAUAAAAAAUGGGGAUGGUGUUUGGAGCUCGACGGAGGAGGAGGUGGGGGCCACUAUUUCGGACUAUUUCUCGGAUAUUUUUACAACGUCACAUCCGUCACAUUUCGAUGAAGCAUUGGCUGGGAUGGCUCGGUUGGUCGAGGAUGACACAAAUGAGAGACUCACGAUGGACCCGACGGCAGAUGAGAUUCAUGCCGCAUUAUUUCAAAUGCACCCGAACAAAGCGCCUGGUAUUGAUGGUAUGCAUGCUCUAUUUUAUCAAAAGUUCUGGCAUAUUGUUGGUUCAGAUAUUGUGGAUUUUGUUCGAGCUUGGUGGAGGGGGGAAAUAGACCUUGAGGGGGUUAAUAAAACGUGUAUUGUACUCAUUCCGAAAUGUACGAACCCUGAACAAAUGAGUGAGUUUCGCCCUAUUAGUCUGUGUAAUGUUAUUUAUAAGAUAAUUUCUAAGAUGAUGGAUAAUAGGUUAAAAACUGUCCUACCUGACCUUAUUUCUGGACACCAAAGUGCUUUUGUUCCGGGAAGGUUGAUUACUGACAAUGCUAUGGUCGCUUUUGAGAUUUUUCAUGGCAUGAAGAGGCGGGGUGAUGGAAAAAUGGGGACAAUGGCGUUUAAACUGGAUAUGAGCAAGGCGUAUGACAGGGUGGAAUGGAGUUUUAUUGAGAAGGUGAUGGCUAGGAUGGGAUUUUGUGCGGAUUGGAUUCGUAAGAUAAUGCAUUGUAUAUCUAGUGUCUCUUAUUCUUUCAAAUUGAAUGGGCGAGUGGAAGGGAACAUUAUACCAUCCAGGGGGCUUCGGCAGGGAGAUCCGUUGUCCCCGUAUUUAUUUCUCCUGUGUGCAGAAGCUUUCUCUACACUGUUGUCGAAAGCUGCUAUUGAUGGUUUGAUUCAUGGUGCCAGGGUAUGUCGUUCUGCUCCGCGGAUUUCACAUUUAUUUUUUGCAGAUGACAAUAUCCUUUUUACUAGAGCGACGCUUCAGGAAUGUUCUGUGGUGGCUGAUAUUCUCAGUACUUAUGAAAGAGCAUCUGGUCAGAAAAUUAAUUUCAAUAAAUCUGAAGUUUCCUUUAGUAAAAAUGUGGGCAUUGAUAGGCGUGCAGAAAUCAGAGCUUUGUUUGGGGUCCGGGAGGUGGCACGACAUGACAAAUACUUAGGACUGCCGACGGUCAUUGGUAGGUCAAAAAAAAUGGUUUUUUCGGUGUUAAAGGAGAGAGUGUGGAAAAAGUUACAAGGGUGGAAGGAAAAAUUGUUAUCUAGAGCAGGGAAGGAGGUACUUCUGAAAUCUGUAAUCCAAUCGAUUCCAACAUAUAUGAUGAGCUUGUUUGCAAUCCCAUACGGGAUACUGGAUGAUAUUAAUAGAAUGUGUGCACGGUUUUGGUGGGGAGCUAGAGGUACGGAACGCAAAAUGCAUUGGUUAAGCUGGGAAAAAUUAUGUUUGCCGAAGUCACUUGGAGGAAUGGGGUUCCGAGACUUACGCGUAUUUAAUCAAGCGCUCCUUGCAAAACAAGGUUGGCGUUUAAUGUGUGACGAGGUUUCUUUGGUUCACCAAGUUAUGAGCGCCAGGUAUUAUCGGGGGGCGAACUUUUUGGAGGCGAGACGGGGGUACGACCCUAGUUUUGUUUGGAGGAGUAUCUGGGGUGGAAAGGCUCUCUUGUUAGAGGGGUUGAAGUGGCGGGUUGGUGAUGGGCACAGUAUUAGCGUGUGGGAGGACGCAUGGCUCCCAGGUGAAUCGGCAUCGAUGGUACCUACCCCAAACCUUGAAAGUGAUGCAGGGUUGAAGGUGUCGGAUUUGAUACUUGAUGAAGGAGGAUGGAAUGAGGCGGCCUUAGAGGAGCACCUAACGGAGGAUGAUGCUCGGUUAGUGCGUGAUAUCCCACUUAGUCAUCGUCAACCGCGAGACCUUCGUUUUUGGUGGCCUAAUACGGAUGGGAUCUAUUCCACAAAAUCUGGGUAUUGGUUAGGGAGGCUCGGCCAUAUACGGGGUUGGAUGAAUUUGUUUGGGGGGGAUGGGAGUGAGCUGUGGCGGGCUAUUUGGAAUCUGGAUGGGCCACCUAAGUUAUUGCACUUUGUGUGGCGUGCGAGUGUAGGGGCUUUGGCGACGAGGGAUCGACUUCGGGAGCGACAUGUUGUUGAUGAUGGCGAUUGUAGUCAGUGCCCGGGAGUUCAGGAGACUAUUGUUCAUGCAAUAUUUCAUUGUAGCAUAGUGAAUUCUAUAUGGCAACAAUCCCCUUUUGCACAUUACAUUAGCGAUAUCCCGACGACGUCCUUCUUUGAUGUUUUUGUGUGGGUGCGUGCGAAAUUGGAGAAGGGAGGGCUGCUGGCUUUCUUGGCCCUUGCUUGGGCUGCAUGGUCCUAUCACAAUUCGGUCACUCAUGCAGAUCCUUGGAGUAAUGCGGUGGUUGGUGCUGCUGGUUUCCUCAAGCUAGUACAAGAUUAUGCGAGUUAUACGUCGAAAACACAAGGUACUCGAGCUGUACAAGAUGUAGUAUCUCGUGAUAGAUGGAUCCCGCCAAGGGAGGGAUGGUUUCGAAUUAAUUCUGAUGCAGCGCUGCUGGAGGAUAGGGUGGUAGGAGUUGGCGCGGUUAUUAGGGAUACAAAUGGUCAGGUAAAAAGGGCUGCUGUUCGUCGGCACCGGGCUCGGUGGAGCGUCGCUUUGUCAGAAGCCAUGGCUGCCAAGUUUGGCCUGCAGGAGGCGUUAAGGAUGGGCUGCUCGAAGGUGGAACUGGAGUGCGACGCAUAUAACCUGUCAAAGGCUAUUAAGCAACAGCGAGUUGGGCGAUCUCCCCUUGAUCUUAUUGUGGAAGACAUUGUGUUGCUUAGUUCUAAUUUUGCUGAUUUUUCUAUUAAUCAUGUUAAGCGAGGUGGAAAUACUGUAGCUCAUUUACUUGCUCGUGUUAAUCCUGCUAAUGGUGUGGAACAAGUUUUUGUGGAUGAUGUUCCGUCAGGUAUUUUACACCUGGCGGAACUUGAUGUUGGUUAA